AGGCUUUCCCGCCGGUUCAAGAACUUAAUAUGCUGGAGAGAAAGCGUAUUCUCGUUUCGGGAGGGGCGGGUUUUGUAGGGUCGCAUCUGGUAGAUAAGCUAAUGGCACGUGGACACGAGGUAACUGUGGUCGACAACUACUUUACUGGCCGGAAAGCUAAUAUAGAGCAUUGGGUUGGGCACCCUAAUUUCGACAUCAUCCGACACGAUGUCAUCAACCCGAUUAUGGUGGAAGUGGACCAAAUUUACCAUCUGGCCUGUCCAGCAUCCCCCCCACACUACCAGUACAAUCCCAUUAAAACCAUCAAGACGAACACCAUGGGCACAUUAAACAUGCUUGGUCUGGCCAGGAGGGUGCGUGCAAGGCUGCUCAUGGCCUCGACUUCGGAGGUUUAUGGCGAUCCGGAGAUGCACCCACAGCAAGAGGAGUACUGGGGCCAUGUCAAUCCUAUCGGACCACGAGCGUGUUACGACGAAGGCAAGCGCGUCAGUGAGACCAUGUGCUAUGCAUACGCCCAUCAGGCUGGUGUGGAUGUGCGGGUGGCACGCAUUUUUAACACUUUUGGACCGCGAAUGCACCCCAAAGACGGGCGUGUGGUUAGCAACUUCAUCAUCCAAGCACUGAAGAACGAACCCAUCACAAUAUACGGCGACGGUUCACAAACACGAUCGUUCCAAUAUGUCGAGGUAAGUUCCCUGUGGAUUUUCAUGUUUUGGACAUACAUAUUGUAAGUGUUCAAUACAUGCUG